GGCACAGUCAUGGCUGUGUAUGGGCCAGGCUAUUCAAACUACUUCAUAAUUUAUAAUGCUUAUAAGAGGCUAUGACCAUGCUGAAUGCAGAUGAUAUCAGACACAACCAAUGUAUCUGGAAGAAUUAAAAUGAGGUUCCUAUAGUAUUAUUAAUCUAACAUUAAAAAUGAAUCUGCAGCUUCUGUUCAAUUGUUUGUUUUAUAAACAAAUCUUAUGCUUGGGACUUUCCCCCACCCCCAAGUAUAAAAAAAACUAUGACACAAAAAGUAUUACCAAGUUGCAAUGCUAACCACUUGCCUGGGGGUAAGCCCCAUUAAAUUGAGUACUGACUUCUGAGUAGACAUGAUUACUGUUUUUGUAUGGGGACAGAGAGCUUGGCAAAGAUUGUUCACUUCCCUUGGUAAGAGGCAAAAUUCCUAUCCUGCAAAGUUUUCAGAUCAGAACUCAGUGAUGCCCGGCAUGGUUUGCAUCGUGAAAUUCCCAGGUUUAAUCAUUCUUGUCUCCCCGGCUAAAAGAAAUUAGUCCUAAACUUGGUAUAAGACAUAAUUUCCAUGGUUUGGUGCUUCAUUCCUAAAUGCAUUUUCUUCAAAGUAUUGUUCAUUUGUUUUUAGUGCCACUUAUUUCUCUAAAAAGGAAUAUUUAGGAUGGUGGCCCAAGUCUCAUGAAGGUUGUUUUUAAAUUCCUUUUUGGUUUAUGACAUGGAGACUAUGUUUCCUUGUCCUUCACCCUGCCUCACAUUGAAACUUUUCAGCAAGAGUUCUUUGGCACAUAGCCACUGCCCAUGUAGCUCUGUACUGUCUACACUGGCAGGCAGUGUCUCCCUCAGUCCUACCUGGAGAUGCUGGGGUUGAGCCUGGGACCUUCCACCUGCAAAGAAGAUGCUCUGGGCAUCCCAACAGAUGCAUAGUAUAACAAAGUUGUACAUAUCUGUGUUAUUCCCAGUGCAAUAUUUGUAUGCAGGAUAUUGUUUCACCCUUACUUUGUAUACAUGAGGUAUAAAUUAAAUUGAAUUCAUAGUCAGUUGCUUUGGUUCCUCUAUGACCAUCUUCUUCCAGUGAUUGUUGUGGCAGCACUGUUAUGUUUGGCAGAAUUAAAAACAAUAACACUGUAGAUCAUAAACAAGGGUGUUUAACAUUUAUUAUUAUAUUUAUUACAUUUAUUGGUUGGUUACUACAGAAAAUGUAUUGAAGCAACCAAAAAUUGGAGAAAAACACAGAGUUUAUUUGUUGUCAAUGUGAGACAAUAAACCAGAAGCCUAUAUGGGGGGAAGAGAGACUUGGAGCAUGAAUUGAAUACUCAGGACUGUAGGGGGCUAUGGGUUGAGAUUUUACUUAAACUCAAGAUUAGGCUUAAGUUGAGCUGUCAACCAUUUGUGAGAUUUGCUGGGGUGCUGUGCCUGUUUGGUUUUCUGUUUACCUCCUGCAUUUUAACCCGGCUUACUCGUGAGCACUCCUCAGCUGCCUGAGAAAUGAGGAUUUUUUUUGACGCCACGGAUACGAGCUUCGAAAGUUUAUUGCCUGGUACUCAGCUACGUACAGGAGCUGUUCCUUGGUCGGAGUUUAUUUAUUUAUUUAUCCCAGUUUAACUACUCAAGCUGUUGAAGUUGACUUUUUGACCAUGCGAAGCUUCCGUGCGAUUUUAAGUUUCGCGGCUGCCCCCUGCCUGUCCACUAUCUGCGUCAGGUCCAAAUACAACCAAAGCUCGCAAUCUCAUAAGCGAAAGCGAAACCUUUCACAGGAGAAAGACGAUUGUGGGAACCUGGCGAGUUCUUCGCGUGGAAGGAAAACCGCGCCUCACCAGCGAGACCCAUGGACUGGGGAGGUGGGUUGGCGGCCCGCAGGUGCCUCCUGCACGGCUUUUCGGUGUUCCUCUGUGGCGUCGUCGUCCUCCAGCCGGCAGAAUCUCUGAAAGUGACAAUGGAAAGUCGGAUGGUGGCAGUCUUGGACACAGAUGUGAUGAUACCAUGUGAGAUCUCUGAAUACAGCACUCCAGAGCUAAAGAUCGCAAAAAUAGCUGUUGAGUGGUAUUGGAAGCCUUCUCCCAAGGAAGCGGAAAAUAUAGUGUACACCAUUGUUUCUGGAGUGCCUCAAUCUUAUAGAAACGGUGCAAGAAUGGAUGAAAGUGAACUGAUAAAAGGCAAUGCUGCACUUUCCCUCCCCCAAAUACAGAUUAGUGAAGAAGGAAUAUACAUAUGUUCUGUGACUGUUACCCCAGAUUCAAAUGAAGGAACCACUGUUGUAGAGCUAAUUGCUCAACCUUCAGUAAAGCUGUCUCCCAGGACAGUUGAACUAGAAGACGGCAAGGAGAAGACCCUGUCAUGCACAGUGAAUAAAUUCUAUCCUCUUUUGAUUGAGGUUCAUUGGGAGAAGAAAUCUGAACGCGGCAAUAACGAAGUUGUACCUGCAGAUGAUAUUUGCACAGGGGUACCUGUGAAAAAUGGAGAUGGCACUUUCAAUGUAACCAGUAAACUGGGGCUACAACCAUCUUUACAAGAUAAUGGAAAUGUCUAUAGUUGUGUUGUGGGACACAAAUCAUUUUCCAUACGGCAGGCCUUCAAUGCCACUUUGAUAGUAACAGCUGCAUCACAACCAGUUGGAAAUGUUCAAAAUCAUCCUGCGGGAGGCAGUCAGCCUUUACCACCAGGAAGCAUACCAGUACAAGAAACAGCUGCAGGAUCAGAUCACGUUCAGUCUCACCCUUAA